CGCGUGUCACACACAGACACAAACAUACCCGUAGUCGCGUGUCACACAGACACAAACAUACCCGUAGUCGCGUGUCACACACAGACACAAACAUACCCGUAGUCGCGUGUCACACAGACACAAUACACAAACAUACCCGUAGACGCGUGUCACACACAGACACAAACAUACCCGUAGUCGCGUGUCACACACAGACACAAACAUACCCGUAGUCGCGUGUCACACAGACACAAUACACAAACAUACCCGUAGACGCGUGUCACACACAGAUACAAUACACAAACAUACCCGUAGACGCGUGUCACAUAGUACUAACAUGUAAGUCGCACACUGACACAUACUGCCCCAUGGUGUCACACACUCACACAUACACCCACUGCACGGUGUAUAAACCAACACCCCUGUGCUACAAACUCUCAGCCCCUAGCUCUCCUGGCCGGUUGCCCGGGAGGAGGAGUCUCAGCCCCGGAGCCUCUUAGUCCCAGCGAGGCGCAGAAAGGAGAUACAGCCUGGAUAUAACGCACUGCAACUAGCGGCCUUCCACGGACCCAACACACCGCUUUCCGCGGCCCUUCCCCCGGAUCCCCGCGGCCUACAUGCGGUACUGAGAAUGCGGUCAGUCCCGGUGUCCGGCCUCCUGGCCCCCGUGGCCCUGCUCGUCCUGCUUUGGCCCUCAAAUCGGUUAACCGAAGCAUGCAGCUGCUCCCCCGUGCACCCACAACAGGCCUUCUGCAACGCGGAUAUAGUAAUCCGGGCUAAGGCCAUCAGUGGCAAAGAAGUGGAUAGUGGGGAUGACGUUUAUGGGAAUCCCAUCAAAAGGAUUCAGUAUGAGAUCAAACAGCUCAAGAUGUUUAAAGGUCCUGAUAAGGAUAUUGAGUUCAUCUUCACUGCUCCCUCUUCUGCUAUGUGCGGUGUGACUUUGGAGACAUCUGGAAAGAAGGAAUAUUUGAUUGCAGGAAAGGCUGAAGGUGAUGGAAAGAUGUACAUCACACUGUGUGACUUCAUUUUUCCAUGGGAUUCUCUGAGUGCAACUCAAAAAAAGAGUCUCAACCAGCGAUAUGAGAUGGGCUGUGAAUGCAAGAUUUCACGAUGUCCUUUCAUUCCAUGCCUUGUCACUUCCCAAGACGAAUGCCUGUGGACCGAUUGGGUGACAGAGAAGAGCAUAAAUGGACGACAGGCAAAACACUAUGCCUGCAUCAAACGCAGUGAUGGUUCUUGCUCCUGGUACCGAGGGACAGCUCCUCCCAAACAGGAGUUCCUUGACAUAGAGGACCCAUAGCCCCAACUGCUCUCAUGCCCCAGAUAUUAGCCCUGUGGGUCCAGAUCAGGAGGAAAAGAAGUGGGUAACUUAACAAGGCCCAGUACUGAUAUCUGUUCCUGAAAACCACGACCAAAUGAGAGUGGCUGUAUUGCAAACUGUCCUUGUGGGGAUUUAACCCCUACAUUGCUGAGAAGAUUGCAGCAUUGAAGGGAUUAAUUUCACCAGGACAGGGGGACCCAGACUCUCCCCACUCUCCCCCCCCAUUCAGUUCAGUGCGCACAAGGCCCUAGGGAGAUUGCACCAUUUAUUCUGUGUAGCUGGUCUACAGCCCUUUCUCGCAAUGAGAAGGGAAGUUCUUUUUCUUAAACCCCUCACCUUAUUUAGCUCCUUUUUUAUUUUUUGUUUUAUCAAUUCCAGGAAGAGUGCAGAGCAGAAUUCUAGAUUUUGGGCCCUUUAUCUUAUCACGACCUUCCUUUGUAGCUAGAGAGGUAUUUGGUAUAUUUGUAUAAUUUAAAUUCCCUCACUUUAAGUAAUUUGUGUUGUGCAACAUAGCACCCCAACCUUUCUACAAAUACUGAUCUUUUUGUACAGAUUCAUUUAGACUGAUGAAUUUAUGCCUUUUUGAUUUUUAAAUUUGAAGCAGGACUACAAAUACCACUUUGCUUCACUAGAUUGUACUACAUGAGACUCGCACAGCAUACUGAUCUUGUGAGAGCGUUGCACACAGACUGCUCUCUGUUUCUCACAACACAGGAUAGAUGCAGCAUCUUGCUCGUAAAGCACAUGAUACAUAUUGCUUACACAACACUGUGACAACAGAAAGCAUUUAACAUUAUACUAAUCAAACACAAAACUACAGGCGCAGCACUUUGCUCUAGAGAGUAAAGGAUCUCCAUAACAAUUUGCUCAUUAAAGCACAGGGCGCACACACCACUUCCUCGCCGCUUCUGAGAGCAUAGCACAUAUCCUGUAUGCCUGAUCCUAGACAUUGGAUACAUUACUAUGUUUGGUUAUAAACUCACUGGACACAUAGCACUUUGCUAAUAGAGACAUAUGAUACAGUAUUUUUUCCAUUUUAUUCUGUUUGUAUACACAAAGAACAAAGCAUUUUGCUUUUAGACAACCACACUAAAUUGAUUGUUGGAGCACACUGCACCUGAAAGCACAUACUUUAUUCACCUCAUAAACACACUAUGCCCCUGAAACACAAAGUAAUCUGUCUUGGCAGUACUGGGCACAUAUAGCACUCUGCUCAUGAGACACAAACAUUACCCAUAAGCAAACCGACCCAGUAUCGCACCACACACUGUUAGCAAAUGCACAAUAUUGUGUUCCUGAGCGCACAGUACGACUGCACACAAACUUAUACACACUGCACUCUUCUAGUGUAAAUAGCACGUACCUGCAUCCACAGUAUUCAAUUUCUGAGCAUAGGGUAUACGCAGAAUCCUGUUCAUGGCUGUAGAUGACACACAGCACCUGAGGAAGAUAUUUGUGCCCGAUACUGCAUAGAAUCCAAGUGUUUAAUCCCUUUUAAGCGGAUGAGGUGUUACUCCUAUAUAUUUAUAUCAUGAGAUUUUGCGUUUCACUUUAUCCUGACAGUAGCUGUCAUCCCUUCUCUUCCAUGCAAAUAAGUAUACUGUAAGAUAAUAUGAAUUCACAGUACCGCUCCUUGUAGAGUCUGUGCUUGGUACGUAUAAAAAAAAAAAAAAGAAAUGUGUAUUUUUCUGCUGCAAAUAAUAAUUUAAGCUUUGUUGACUUUGUGUUUUCUCUGAGAAUUAAGUCUGAGACUUGCAGUAACAGGAGAGAGCUGCAUGUUCGGCGCUUUGCACAUGUUCCAUGCUCGAUGAUGCAAACCUCUGUAUGUUGAGGUCCAUCGAUGCCAAUAAACAGUAUUAUAUGCCAACAAAA